CGCCGGUCGAAGAAGCGAACACAACGCGUUUGCGCAUGCGCGUGGAUCAUGAACGGAUCAUGAACGGACGUGCCUGAAAUUCGCAAUUCAAACAUUGGCUAAAAAGAAUACCACCAAGUGGAGAAUUCUACCGCAAGUGUCAAGUGACCGACAGCCAAACAAAUUAAAAAUUUAUAUCCCCCAAACCAAAAAAGCAUGCGUGAACGCAGUCAAACGACUCCGCGAAGGCGACGAGCGGGUCCCAAACAGCCGCUGCCUGGCAGCUCCACCUCCGAGGGAGUUGGCGCCCUGGAAUCCCCCUAUUACACCAUUGACAACACGGAGGACAUUUAUGGAACCACCUUGCUGCCAUCGCAACGCUGCUACGUGGAUCCCUGGGAUCUGGAGAACUAUGAUUAUGUGCGCAAGAAGAUCGACGAUCACGAGGCGGUGGAACCAGCUUAUGGGGGAGGUAACUCCCUGACUCCGAGUCCCACUUACGGCUAUGGAGUGGGCAUGUCCGCCACCAUGCCACGCCCACACACACAAACACGCCGCGUUUCGCGUGCCCAGUGUCAGCUGGAGUGCUGUGUGCCCCAAAGGACGCGUCGCAGGAGUCGAGGUGUUCGCAAGGAGCCACUCUACACGGCAAGGAGCGACAUCUACGGAGCACCCAGUCGCUACGAGGACUACAUGGCCACCAUGACCAGGCAGCUGCACCUAGAUGACCACGAGGACGAGGAGCCCGAGGACCUUUACGGCGAGGAGCAGCGACAACUAUACAACGGAUUUGGGGGCUUCUCCAGCACCAGUUCCACGGAGCACCCCUCGUCCAUUGGGGAUGAGCAGCCGGUUCUCCAGCGACGGGCAGCCACUUUGCAAAGACGCUCCGUUCCCAGUCAAAUGAACAAGAUUAACAACAACAACAUGAGCUAUGGAACGGCUCCUCAUCCGCGAAGGAAGCGAAGUGGCAAGACGGCUUCCCCUCUGACCAUUCCACCGCAGAUCGAUUUUCCCGCCCCGCCCCCUUUGUCGCCCGCCUACGACUACUGCAAUCCAUACGCUACACUGCCGUACUGCAGCGUUCCGGAUUGCAGUGAAUGCCAGCAGCAGAUCUACAGCGCCCCCUCCACGCUCUACGGAACCAUGGGUGGCGCAGGAGGAGGAGGUGAGGGGGGAUCCAGGGUGAGGGGAUCAUCCCCCCACUCCAGCGGAGGCGACUCGUCGCUCUACUCGGGAAUUUACGCCCGUAAAUUCGGACUGAGCAAGAAGGGUCUGCUGCAGAUCGAUUACUCCUGCAGCUGGAACGAUCUGGAUCGGGUGAUGCAGCGCCAUUUCUGAGAUCCUUGGUCCUUCAGCAGGUGCUUGGGUUAGGGUUACCAUCCACAUCACCGUCCGCAUCACGUUUGCACCGAACGCGAACAGAAACAUCUUUGUACUUAAGUCAUUUUGCAUAUAAAACAUACAAAACACACAUACACACACACAAUACCAAAUAACUGAACAUGUUUGUCGUAGAUUUAUAGUUCUUCAUUAUUGAAAUUUACUGAAUAAACAUUUGAAAGUCAUUAAA